AUGUUCUUCAUCUGUGUCCAAGUGUCAUCGCCUGGUGUGAAGCCGGUGUCCUUAGAGGGCACCGGGGUGUCAGGACCGGCACCUAGCGACCGAGACGAUCAUUUUUACCGACGCCCCUAUGACGGGACCCAGGGACACACAGCAGGUGUUUUAUAUACCUUCAAGAUCCUGGAUUCGUUUUCAUAUCCCCCCUCCCUUCCUGGAAGGGGCCCUCAUGGAUAUGAGCGCCCGACUUCCAGGCAAGGAGAAUUCCCUAGUAACGACGAUAGAGACAAUAUGAAAGGUCAAAAGGCGUACACGAUUGUUAUUAAACUCGAGAUGGACAUCGAGUCAUCAUCGUCUCUUCGGGUGCUAUCGGAGUUGGCUUGCGAAGGAUGGAUGUUGACACUCGACCAGCACAUCUUCCUCGAAUACAGACUGAUGAGUCUCUGGGAUAGUCUGUUCGCGCAUUUGCGACAACCCGUGGCUCAGAUUUUAUUAACAAGGAAUGACAUUGCGGAUACAACGCAAUAUCAUAACGCACAAAAUACGCUUACGGAGCUUCUGAACAUGGGAGUGGUUCCGAUCGUGAAUGAGAAUGAUACUUUGGCUGUUUCGGAAAUCAAAUUCGGGGACAACGAUACCUUAUCUGCCAUCACCGCUGGUAUGGUUGGAGCAGACUACCUGUUCCUAAUGACAGAUGUCGAUGGCUUAUACACAUCUAAUCCCCGCACCAACCCAAACGCACAGGUUAUCGAAGUGGUAUCUGACAUCUCCACUCUCACAGCCGACGUAUCUUCCGCAGGCUCCUCAUUGGGAACCGGCGGGAUGAGUACGAAAAUAGUUGCAGCACGCCUAGCGACAAGUGCUGGUGUUACAACUAUAAUAACUCGUAGUUCACUCCCAGGCAAUAUCCUCGAGAUCAUCAGAUAUCUACAAGAUAAAUCACAGAACUCGUCAUCAGAAACACCCGCUCUGGAUGAGAAGUCCGCCUCUCCUCCGAGAUCAACACCCCCAUCCCCAUCCUCAGCAAAAUCAUCACUGCCAGCACACACCUGCUUCCUACCCUCAACCACCCCAAUUCACUCCCGCUCAUUCUGGAUCUUGCACGGCCUCGCCCCUCACGGCACAGUCUACAUCGACGCAGGUGCCUACUCCGCCACCCUAAACAAGGCUAGCCUACUCCCCGCAGGCGUUGUGGGCGUUGAGGGCCACUUCGGCCAGCAAGAAGCCGUGAGACUUGUUGUCGUCGAGCGCCGCUCAGCCUCUGCCGCCGCCCUCAACGGCGAUUUCCCUCUCCGGGGUGCGUCGCCCCGGGAAGUCGGGCGAGCGCUGGUAAAUUACGGUAGCAAUGAAAUUGCGCGCAUUAAGGGCCUGCGGAGCACGCAGAUCCUAUCUGUGCUGGGAUAUGCGGAUAGCGAAUAUGUGGCGCUGAGGGAGAAUAUUGCAUUCUUUGGAGCGACGGAAAGAACGAGUCGUUCUGCAACGCCAGUGUUGGAUGAUGAGUUUCGGGUUCGUAGUGGGAUACCGUUGCGGGAGGCUUGA